AUGAAGGUUCUAGUCUCUGCCUUCCUUCUGUUGCUGCCAGCAAUACUCACAGUCUCCAGCAGACCAAAUCCAGGGGUCGCCAAAAGCCAUGGGGACCAACGCCAGGUUUCUGGGAGGUGGCUCCAGGAAGGCGGCCAAGAGUGUGAAUGCAGAGAUUGGUUCCUGAGAGCCCCGAAGAGAAAAUCCACACGAGUGCUGGAGUCAUCAAAGAAGCAAUGUCCCUGUGAUCAUGUCAAGGACAGUGAGAAAAAAAACAGACACCAAAAGCACCACCGGAAGCCAAAGAGGCCCUCCAAAACCUGCCAGCAAUUUCUCAAACGAUGUCAACUAGCAAGUUUCUCUCUGCCCUUAUAGUUCUGAUACUCUACUCUCUCAAGUGAACACUCUCGGUGGAAAGGAGGUGAUCAAGCCUAGAGCGUGUCCUUGCUCUCCCCACCCCAUC